GCAUUGCAGCUCUUUUUUAAUAUUUUUCUUGUAUGUACAAAUGUAAUCUGAUGAUUUGAAAACAUGAAAAUUAUUCACUGUACAUUUACAUUCUUUUUCUUUUCUAUAGUUUUGAUGUUAGAAGAUCAAAAUGUUAAACGUAAUAAAGCUGUCAAGGAAAAGUGUGGUCUUAAAUGAGAAUUUUUUUACUAAAAGGAUUAUUACAUUCUUAAAUCUUAUUAAAAACUUAAAUUAAUAUAUGAACUUAAGGGUAGGCACUACCUAUAUUUUGACCCUUUUAAAUUUAAGUGAUCGCACGAUAGUUUUUUAUUGCAUCAUUUGAGUCCUAGAAACACACAAGGUGGUAAAAAAAAAAGAGAAUCUUCAUUUCUGACACUUUUAGAAUUUUUUUACAUCCAUACGAGACAUUUUAAUCACUAAAAUAGCUUAUAAAAAAAUUGGCGAUGAAAAAUAGUCAAAAUUGUAAAAGUAGUUCAACAUUUAAUAGGAAAGAUUAAUGAAAUUUCAACUUAUUUUUUACUUUUUUUAUUAAAUUAAAAUUUUUGUUUUUAAAUCAUUAAAAAAGACUGUAAAAAUUGGCGAUGAAAUAUAAGGUAAGUGUACCAAUUACGGCGCAUUCACAAAAAAUAACUAACUAUUAUAUUUAAUAUACAUGUUGCAAAAUGAUUAAAAAAAUUAUUUUAAUCUUUUUUUGAUACAAUUACUUAUAAAGAUGCACAUUUAAACAAUUAUUAAUUUAAUUAUUUGAGAUCAAAUUUUUUCCCUCGCCGUAAUUGAAACAUUUUUAAUUACGGUAUUAGUUUUAAUUUAUCAUAUUUAUUUAAAUAAUCGAUUUUUAUAAAGUUAAAUUUUUUUUUAAUAUCUAAAUAACAUGAGCUUUUAGUUUAAUAAGUCUUAAAAAUUGAGUUUAUACAAUAGAAAUGUCGAAUUUUCUAUUUCAAAGGUGUUUUGACUCGAAUCGCGCCGCAAUUAGUGCAUUUACCCUAGUCAAAAUUGUGAAAGUAGUUCAAUAAUCUUAAUUUUUUCAAGAUUAUAUACUUUAAAAUAGUCAAAAAUUAAGAUUUUCUUUUUUUUCACCACCCUGUAUGUUUUUAGGACCCACAUGCAAGAAAAAAUAUAACUUCCUCCGAUCAUUGAAAUUUUAAAUUUAAAUUACAUGGAAUUUUAUUUUUAAAGAAUUGCAUAAUUAUAUUCUACGUUUUCUAAUAUUGAUAGUGAUUGAAAAUCUUAUUUUAAACAAAUAGCGCCUUAUAGUAAACUUUUAGUUUUUUAAUUUUCUUAAUUUUAUGCAUUUAUACAAUCAAUUUUAAUGAGAAAGAUAAAAACCCUAAAAAAUGUAAUGAAUUUAAAAUUUAAAUUUCUUUGAUCCGAUUAAAGAUGUUUAACACCUUAUGAUAAUUAACUUCAUAAUUGGUAAAUAAAAAUUAAAUAUGUUUUAUGUAAUACAUGCCGUCACGUUUAACGGCACACUGAAAUCCAAAAUGUGAAACUUUUGGAUGGAGUCAUUUCAGUAGAUCAUUUUUGCUGUCUGCAGAGGAAAGGGGAAUAUUUUUCCAAUAGACGUUUUACAUUUCGGAUAUUUUUCUUUAUAUUUAAAUUUUCUAAAAGUCGAUAAAAAACUAAGAACACUUAAAAAUUUCUCAAAUCAUAUACUACAUAUAAAGCCUUUACUACUUUACAUAAAUUACAAAGGACAUAUUUACAUGUAAAAGAUUAUUUUUUAAAUUUAGUAAUUAAAAAAACGUAAUUUUAUAGGCACAUAAUAAUUUCAAAGAUAAACGAAUUUCAAUAAAAAUUUAAUAUGUUCAAAUUUCGUUUCUUUUUUUUAUAAUUACAUUUACGUCAAUUUAAUUGAAACAAACUUUCAUUAACUUCCGAAAUAGAUUGCGAACAAAAUUUCCCUUGUAAUCCUAAGUCAAUACCAAAAUAUUAUUUUCUUUGAUUAAAUACAGAAGGUAUUAACGGAAGAAUAAAAGAUAAAUAAAUACAUUUCAAACUAAUAAAGUUGAUAAGAUGUUUGCUAUUGGUUUUGAGUUAGCUUACUGCUGGUAUUGAAGAGGUAUUCUGUUACAAUAUUUUCUUUUAUUAAUUUUUAAUGAACAUUAUAUUAAAAAUUAAAAGGUAAAAUUGCAUAAUAAUAAUUAUAAUAAUAGUUUUUGCAAGAAUUUUAUUGAAAAAUAAACAAGUUACAAUUGCAUUAGUGUCCACUUUUUUCAUCAUCCUAAAAUAUAAUUGUGAAAAAAUUUCAAUUUUUUUCUUCGAAAUUAGCAUAUUUGUAUUUUAUGUACAUACAAAUUUUGGCGCUUUAAAUUUUGUUAUAUGACUUAGUUGAUAAUAUGUUUCACAUAUAAAUAGGUGUUAUAGUUAACCCUAGACUUUUAAAAAUGUAUGAUGAUAUAAGAUUUUAAUGUAAGAAUAAGUGAUCAGUUGCAUGAGAGCAUGAGUGUAACAAUGUUCGUGAAAAAUAAUCGCCGCCACCUCAAAUUUCAAUCCAUUUUCUUCAAAAUACUAACUUCCAAUAUUGUGUGCUAAGAGUGGUAUUGACCAUUAAUAAUAAUUAUUUAUGUCAUAAAACUUUGUCCUCGAUGUUACAAAUCAUAUUGAAUAAAAAUUUAAUUUGGACAAAUGUACUUUUCACUAUGAGUUCUUGUUUGUUGUGUACAAUUCUUUUUUUUUGUCUUUUUAUACGUGGUAUGUAGGGGAAGAGUGCCGGUUGAGGGCACCCUUUUAUUUAUGACUCAUAACUUUUGACCAAAUGUACAUUAUGAGACUUGUGCGUAUCAGUGGCAAUCUAGAGACCUUAGAUAUGAAUAGACUUAAUUAAUGAAGAAAAGAAUAAGUAUUACGUGAUUUAUUUGAUGCAAAAUAUUAGUGUGUAAAAAAUGGAAAGACCUACAUCUCGUAGAGGAAUUAAAAGUGAAAUGCAUGAUAUUAAAUUAUUUUCAAAUGUGAAUAAAUCUGAAACGCCAGAUAGAAAUUUAUAUUCACGAGCUUCAUCCACCUCGCUUACGUCAAAUCGUUUUUCAAGUAUGAUGUUACAUUUAAAUUCUGGAGUAGGAUCAAAUCGUUUAAACACUAGUUUAUCUACAAAUUCAUUCGUUGUAAACAACAGUAAUUUAGACAGACCAGUAACUCAACAAGGAAUAGCUGCAAUGCGUCCUCAUUCUACAAGAGGCGUACCGCAAAUAACAAGACAAAUACAAGAUAAACGUUACUACGAAGGGCAAAUACAACUUAAGAUAAGAGAGCUGGCACAAGAGAUAUCAAAUAUUUCUAAGGAGGUGGAUUUACAGAAUAAACAAAGGGUGACAUUUUUACAUUAUGAUCAACGAGCAAAGGGACUUGCAGCCGAAUUAAUUGAAUAUCAAAGUAAAUUGGCAGACUACAAUAUUGUUGUGGAUAAAAUGACAGUAGAUACGGGUAAAAGUUUUAUUGAACAAGAAGCUACAGAACUUUCUCAACUUAACGAUAUUGCUCUAUCUGAAAUAGAAACAAUGUUUAAUAAACGACAAAGAAAAGAAAAACAAUUACUUACAAUUGAAAAGGCCCUGGUCGCAGAAAGAUCAAAUACAGAGAAGAUAGUUGAGAAUAUGAAUCAAAUUGUUUUAAAAAAAUACAAUGAAUUGUGUAAACAAAAAAUUAAACUUCAAAAAAGUGUUGAGGAAAUGCAAUAUAAUUUAGAUAAUUUGUCAUCACAGAAAUUGAGUUUAGAAGAAAAUAUCGCACUAUCGCAAAUAAAACAGGAAGCCGUAAAGUUACAAUCGAAAAUAAUGGAAAUUGCAAAAAAGAGAAACGCACUACGUGAAGAGGAUAAGAAAAGGCUUUCUCCCGAAGAAGAGAAAAAAUCUCUUCUUCAAAAAGUUAAACAAGAUAAUACUGAUAUAACUGUAUCUGAACGUCGUAUAACAGCAGCUAAGAAACGAAUAAUGGAAAUAGAGCAAGAAAUUGAGCAGUUGGACAAUAAUGUUGAUGCGUCUUUGGCAGAAAAAUUGCUGAAAUAUAAAGAACUUCGUAAAAGAGAACAAGUAAUGGAAGAAUUUAUGGCGUCCUUUAAGGAGAAUAAGGAAGCUGAAUUAAACAAGUUCAAAGAAUUGACUGAAAGUGUCACUGCAUGUUUAGAGCAUAUAUCUAGGGAAAUUGAUGGUGAAUUAAAUGAGUUAUCAGAGAAUAAAAAAUUAGAAGCCUUAAACAAUACAUACAUGGAAUUUAAUAAUAUAAAUAAUGAUCUAAACUUAAAGAGCAUGGAAAAGGAAUUUUUUCGAUUAAACAGUAUACUAAUAAAAAUAGGAAACUUUAAUAAACUACUGAGAACUGAAUUAAUUAAUAAUAAACAAAAUAUUGAAAAGUAUAACAGUGAACUAUUGGUAUUAGGUGAUUUAGACAGUCUGAAAGUAAAAUUAAGGGCCACAAAUGGUGAACUUUUAAAAGAACGCAAUCAACUUAAAGAUCAUCUGCCGGCUGUUGUUGAUAAAUUAGAAUUUUCAUUAAAACAGUUUGACGGCAUUAAACACCGUUUACUACAAAACGAAAACUAUUUGCAAAUUGAUACACUCGAAGAAAAAUUAAAAAAAGAAACUGAUAGGAAUGAAAAUAUUUCAACUUUCAUCAUUAGUGAAAGAGAACGACUCAAUUACAACCAUAUUAAGGAAAAUACACUAUCAUUAAAUGUAAAAUAUAAUUCACUGCUUGUUACUAGUGUAAAAAGUAUAUAUUAAAUAAAGUUUUUUAUGUAAUUUUCAAUAUAAAGUGUUUUUAAAAUAUUUUAAACUGGUAAAGAAGUUAAGAGUACAAAAAAAAAGAUAAGAUUAAAAAUGUAAGUAGUACACGAUGGUUUUUAAACAUCCAAGAAUAUAAUCUUUAUCUCCAUAAUUUUAAAAAUUCAAAACUAUAUUAACAUUUAUUUCUUCGAGGAUUAGGCCAUGAGAAUCCGGCAAUUUGUAUUAGUUAUAUAUAUUUAACUACAGUUUCGGAAAGAGCGCACAUCAAAUGUUAAUGUAUAUUGAAAAUAACAAGAAAUUAAUGUUUCCUAACUUGAAGUUACACAUUAAAAUUUUUGAAAUAAAAGAAAAUAAGUUUUGGAAAAAACGUCCUUUGGGAAAAUAAUAACUUGGGUUCUUAAUUUUUAGAGUUUUUUAAGACGCUUUUUUUGAGCUAUUAGCCAUCAUUAUACUGUUAGAAUAUUUUUUCGAACACACUAUAAAAUAAAAAAAUGGAACUACGAUGAGUUUGCGAUAUAAUAUGAAAACUAUGACAAAAAAUUGUUUUUGCUUCCUCGUGGAGGAAGCUAUGUAGUCCUUUCGUUUAUAAAAUUUUUAAAAAUGAUGAAAACAAAUUUUUCUCUAUAUAGAAACAUGUUAUAUGAGAUCCUGAUCAAUUGUCCGUGUGUGUGUGUGUGUGUGGAUAGUUUUUGUGAACACGAUAUCUUUAACAGGUUUUAAUGGAUUUGGGUAAAAUUUGGUAGGCUUAUUUAACACAUUAAUC